AUGCAUACUCGCUUACUUAUUUCAUUUGCAUUUCUUGCAUUGGUUGCUGAUAAUGCUUUAUGCGCCCCAUUAUCUACAACAACUCCGAACAUAGUCAUCGGAUCUGGUUCGGCUACUAUAGCAAGUGCAGAAGCGGAAUACCUUUGCAUGCAACUUUCCCAAACAUUUCAGCCGCCGUCAGGUAUCACGAUCAACAAUACGUUCACACAAUAUUUCCCAGAAGGCUCGACUGCUUCUAUUGAAUUUCUGACUGAUUCAUACCCUAACGGAACGAUUCCGGCUGGCGUAGAUAAGCAAACGAUUUUAGAAGAUGUUGGACCUGAUUUGAAUGUCAGAUCGCAAGCCGGAUAUGGAUAUUUUAAUAGCUUUGCUUCACAGCAAAAUGGAAUGCCUGCUUUUUGUCGAUUUGUUGCGACAAUAAUCACGGGCUCAAACACAUCCGCUCUAAGUGAAGUAUGGCUUCCCCUAGCUUCGAAUCCUUUCAUACCACUUGCGACACCAGAACAAAAAACAAAUCAAAGUUUUCUUUCGAUCCUUAUUGGCAAGCUAGCGAAACGGAAUUGGUCUUGGCAAGUUCGAUCUCUGCCGGGUGAUUUUGUACUGGGCUAUAAAACCGGAUGGAACGGUAGGAUUGCCGUUCUUGGUAACUCUGGUCAAUUGGGUUGGGUUCCGAUGGUGACAAUGAAGAAUUACAUGGGCAGGUACAUGUUUGUCGUCGCAGGAACAAAUUUAGGUCACUUUUCCGAUCAAAACGGUGUAGAGUGGGUUUUGGAUAAUUUUCAGGAUACAUUGACGGAUUUCGCCUCGAGAGCAAAUCAUCUUACAACCUUGCUUGCCGAAAGCGUCGUUGACCAGUACUACGGUAAAGAUUGUAUACAUGCCGUUCGUAAUCCAAAAGAUAACAAUCGUGUCUACCGAUAUUACGCAGGAACAAGUGUAGGAGGAGCCCGUGGGUUAAGCGCGGCCCAAAUCUAUCCGAAUGACUAUCACGGUAUCAUUGCCGGAGCACCGGCAAACCAAUUUAUGAAUCUCAAUACUGGGCAACUGCAUACUGCCUCUCUGCAUAACAAGUCAUUCAUUGGAGAGGGAUACUUCUCAAGAAGUGCCUUGUACGGUCCUGUGAAAGACAUCAUCACCCGUCAGUGCGAUGCUCUUGAUGGAUUGCAAGAUGGGAUCAUUUCUGCUCCAACACUUUGCAAAUUUCAGCUGGAGCCUGAACUUCUUUGCGGUACAGGUACGACGUAUGGUCAAUCGAACGACACCUGCUUGAACCAAACACAAAUCAAUGCAGUCUAUCAACUGUACAAUGCAACAUACAUUGAUGGCGAAAUCAUUUAUCCGGCUUAUUGGCCUGGCUUGGAGCAUUCUGCUUCUAAUUUGAGAGGAUCAAACGCAAAAGCAAGUGGCUGGCAUCAACUUGUCGUGCUGAGGAGGCCAGCAUUGAAUGAUUCAUUUAAUCCUUUCACCGAUAUUCGUCUUUCUGAUCUCAAUGCAGGAAUUGCUGCCGAUCCGGGAGGUGUUAAUGCAGCCGAAACGGAUUUGAGCGCAUUCAUCAGCUCAGGCGGAAAACUGAUCAUGUAUCAAGGCUCAUACGAUCUUACCGUGAGCCCACAAGCGACAGUAAAUCAUUUCAACCAAAUGAAAGAAAGUACUUCAGCCUCUUUAGGAGAAGCUUUAGUUACUUCUUCGAUCAAACUGUAUGAAGUGUUUGGUAUGAAACAUUCGCGCAAUGGGAUUGGCGCAGCAAAUUUUGGCGCUCCUCAACAGAAUGAUGAUGGUCAAAGACCGUACAAGUUUGAAUCAGGGUAUGAUAUCACUUUAGCCUUAAUUGCUUGGGUAGAAAAGGGAAUCGAGCCAAACGGACAAAUUGCACUACAUUAUGGAACGAAUACGACCGUCAACACUUCUGCAACAACAAACACCACAGAUCCGGAUAGAUUGCCCCCAGAAAAUAGGCAGGAUUAUAACUUUGGUGUAGUGUUCUCUCGCUUGUUGUGCCCUUAUCCAGCAAAGGCAGUUUAUCAGGCCGGUGCAAAUCCUAAUGGCGAAAAUGGAUAUCAAGCUUUCACUUGUGUUUAGUGCAACACCACCGACUCAGAACUACUUUCACGAUCGUGACUAUGGACGUUUCAUUUUAUCACGUCUUAAAAUAUAAAAGCCCUUGCUAAUGGUGUAAUGUAAGCAGCCAUCAAUAAAUGUAUGCU